AGGGAUGAGUGAGUCGGAGCUCGGCCUCUCCCCAGCACGUUCUCAGUCACUCCAGGUUCAGACCCAGCGAGGGAGUCGCGAGCCAAGCUCACUGUCCCCUGCGGGCAGGACUCCGGGGCUGCUGAGCGCUCCCGCGUGUCUGGCGCCCGGAGUCCCUGCGGCCGGAGGGAGUCAGGAUUCUAGAGUUCCAGGGGUGCCGGUCGGCUCCAGCGCCUCUGGUUUCUCGGGUCCCCUCAGCGAAAGCCGCAGUGACGAGCUCAGCCCCGGGACCGCAGCCGAGCAAGAUCAAGAUUGAGAACCCACUGCAGCUACCACAAUGGGCAGCAAAACCUUGCCAGCACCAGUGCCCAUCCACCCAUCUCUGCAGCUCACCAAUUAUUCCUUUCUUCAGGCAGUGAAUGGCCUGCCCACUGUGCCCUCAGACCACCUGCCUAACCUGUAUGGUUUCAGUGCAUUGCAUGCUGUGCACCUGCACCAGUGGACGCUGGGCUACCCGGCCAUGCAUUUGCCACGCUCCUCUUUUUCUAAAGUGCCUGGUGCUGUGUCCAGCCUGGUGGAUGCACGCUUCCAGCUGCCAGCCUUUCCCUGGUUCCCUCAUGUCAUCCAUCCCAAGCCGGAGAUCACUGCUGGAGGCAGUGGUGCAGCGCUCAAGACCAAACCACGCUUUGAUUUUGCCAACCUGGCCUUGGCUGCCACGCAAGAAGAUCCAUCCAAGCUUGGCCGGGGGGAGGGCCCUGGCUCCCCCACAGGUGGGUUGGGAGCCCUCUUGGAUGUGACCAAGCUGUCUCCAGAGAAGAAGCCCACUAGGGGACGUCUGCCUUCCAAGACCAAGAAGGAGUUCGUCUGCAAGUUCUGUGGCCGCCACUUCACCAAGUCCUACAACUUACUUAUCCAUGAGCGAACGCACACGGAUGAAAGGCCCUACACCUGUGACAUCUGCCACAAAGCCUUCCGGAGACAAGACCACCUACGGGAUCACAGAUAUAUUCACUCCAAAGAGAAGCCUUUCAAGUGUCAAGAGUGCGGGAAAGGAUUCUGCCAGUCCAGGACUCUGGCUGUCCACAAGACGCUACACUCGCAGGUGAAAGAGCUCAAAACCUCCAAGAUCAAAUGCUAAAUCGAGUCUCCAGGUUACCAGGACCUCUGGGCCUGAAGGCGACUCUUUUUCCAGAAGGACCUUCUCUGAGGGACCGAAGAAACCUGACAGCGACUUCGGUGGACAGCAGGAGAGGCGCUAGGGACCGUCCCCUACCCCCAUAUGGUCCCCUGGGUCCCUGGCGCGCGCGGCACUCCACAGCCCCUCCCGGGCCGUGACCCCGACCUCCUGGGGCGGCUCCCCUCGGACGCCGCUGAACUCUUGGCCACAAGGCGGUACUCACGUGUGGAAAGGGAAACUGCAUUAAAAAAAAAGAACAAAAGCUGCGCAGAGCCGCAGUGGCGUCUCUCCCUGAAGUAUUACUUUUUCUAUUGUUAUUUUGUACGUUUUCUUUAUUAUUUCUUCCUUUGACCAUAUAAGCUUGUAACUCUGACUGCGGAAAAGAGUGGAGAGGAAAAGAAGUUCUGCUCACUGGCAGCUUCCAACCCCUUCUCCGGUCCCCUUCCCACCCCAGGAGCCUGCAAAAGUGUAAUCCCUGUAUCUGCUUCAGUCGCCUGGGCCGGGGACAGCGAGACCAGGAGCGCCUUCUCCCAGUCGGCCGCGCUGCCAGCCGAGGGCUCGGGGACUCGGAAGGCAGGGCGGGGGCGUGGGGCCUGGGGGCAAGAGGCGGCCGGCUCGGCUUCCCUGCUCCGCCGCUGCCGCCCCGCGAGGGAGCCCUCGGCCAGGAGCCCCGCGGGCGUUGUAUUGCGAUUGGCACUUUAUGCUGACCAUCGGUAACGGACAUUUAUCACUGGAGAUUUUUUUUUUAACUAUUAAAUAAACGGUUAUUUUACAGGCAUUGCAGGAUAGGUAAUUUCCCUCUCAAAUCCUGGAAGCC